UUUGGGACAGCUCCACACAACAUCCUAACACCAACUGGGGAAACUAAACCGACCUGCAAUUUCUCAACCAAAUACAACAGCACGGCAUUUUUAGCAUUACAGCAACUGUCAUGGAGGACCAACUAAAACAUCAUUCUGUUUGCCACACCUGCUUGAGAACAGACAGGUUCAUAAAUAAGAUCGUACAGAUGUACUGGUCCAUAAGGAUGCCCAUAUGCAUACUGUUUUUGACCCUAUACGCCUUUGAGGUCGCUUCAGCAGAGACGUUAUGUGGCGGAGAGCUGGUGGACGCGCUACAGUUCGUGUGUGAAGGCACAGGCUUCUAUUUCAAUCAACCAACCAGGUCGAAACCAUCCCAAAACAGGCGUGGGAUUGUGGAGGAGUGUUGUUUUAGCAGUUGUAACCUACAACUGCUACAACAAUACUGCGCUAAACCUGCCAAGUCAGAGAGAGACGUGUCCAGCACUUCGCUACAGGUGAUCCCUGUGAUGCCCGCAUUAAAACAGGAGGUCCCAAGAAAACACGUGACCGUAAAAUAUUCCAAAUAUGAUGUGUGGCAGCGAAAAGCCGCCCAGAGGCUACGGAGGGGUGUCCCAGCCAUCCUGCGAGCAAAGAAGUUUAGGCGGCAGGCGGAGAGGAUCAAGGCACAGGAGCAACUCCACCACCAUAGACCUCUUAUCACGCUGUCCAGCAAACUGCCGCCCAUCCUCCUUCCGACAGAAAACUAUGUCAGCCACAAGUGAACCCGGGAUCAUUUGCACAGAGUUGAUAAAAAAAGACUUGGGGAUGAAAGCUUUUUGUCUCUGACGUCAUUUCUGUGGCAGUCUUCAUCAACCCUCCUUCCUUCCCUAUCAGACGUGCUCACAUGCUCUUCCAGUCUCUAUUCUCGCUGUUUCAUUCACCAACAAAAAGGCACAUCAUAAACGAGAGGGAAAAAUGUAUGCGGCAACGCCACUGUGGAACGUUUCGCCAGUAUGGUGGACAUUGGAACAUGAGGAACAGCUAGCACGAAAGAACCCAUUCCACUGCAAUCUCCCGAGACUAAAGUAUCACUCUUUUAGUCCUUUUAUGUAUUAGUUUGCACCUCUAACUAUAAAGGGACAUCCACACUGUAAGGAAUUGUUGUAAAAUUAGAUUCCUGUUCCAGCACCUUUAAUCACAAAUGAAACGCAGAGAAGAGUCUGCGAUUUGCACAACGCCACGGAUUACGUCAAAGUUCUUGUUGAGUAAAUAAAAAAAGGCACUAUUUUUUUAUGGACUAUGAACAUUGUAGCUCAAAAAAUGUCAUGGUGCGAGCUUUGGGAAUGGACUCAAAGGAGAAAGGGUUGAAAAGCAUGUUUUAUUUUUUUCCUUUGAAAAAUUAUUAAACUUUCAGUUUUAAGGAAAGUGUGACUUUUGAAAAAGAAAGCAAGAGCAAAUUGGCUGUGUGGGAUAACACUGCAUGCAGAUGUGUCAUUUGUUGAGACGCAAGACACAAUGUAUGCCUUUGGUCCCGGUGCUACCGUUUGCAAUUAAAGAAAGGAGCAGUGUGGGGGCGCUGAAGGGAACAUGUUCAAAUGCCUGGACAUCUACCUUGGCUGCACAGAACCCCUGCUUUGCACUGAGGGACAUUAUGACCUUAAAAAUGUGGGAUGUUUGUAUUUUCUAUGUUCUUUUUCGUGAAAAUGCGUAAAGGAAAAAAGAGAACAAAAAGUUAUGUUUCUGGAGCGUUUUUUUUUUUUUUUUUUUCAGUUUUGAAAGAAAGGCACAAAUAUAAAUUCAAAGGGAAAAACGCAAUAAUGUCAACUAACAUAUAUUUUUAACGUUUAUCAGUAGUAUUCACAUGCUUUUGCCUGAAAACAAAUACUUGAAUAUAUAUAAAUAUAUUAUAUGGAAUAAAUAUGAAUAUAUAUUAUAAUUAGUUUCCAGGGACAUCAUGUAAUAUUCUUUUAGUCUGAGCUGUAUCUUGCGUAAUGAGCCGCCAAGCUUUUUGUUUGUUUAAGUACAAAUAUGGGCACUGUAUAAAGGCAUUAUUUAUUUUGUUAUAAAAUUAUAUAUAUAUUAAAAUUGGUCCAAAUACAGUAAUAUACAUAGCACUGAUGCUCAACUGAUGGAUUUUAUUUUAUAUAUGCUCUCUUUUGUUUCCCAUUUUACAUGUAAAUGCUUUUUGUAGAUGCUUUGUACCAAAAAAAAAUUUCUUCCGUUUGGUUUGCCACAGAGCUAUUUUAAAAUCAAUAUUUUAACAGCAGCUGUAGCCUGGAUCGCUAAGGCAUGUUGUAAUACAAAAAUAGGCACAUACUCGGAAAACUCUCGCUCCCUCCCGUGUGACUUUUUCUUUAAUCUGCCAAAUGGAUUUCUGUUUAAAAAAACAACUUGGGUUUAACUUUUAUCACGAGGAUCUGGAUACAGCCGUUGUUUAUAAACUAUGAUUGUCCUCAAGCCACUACAGUUUAAGCCAUUUUCUUUAUUGUAUAAUUAUUUUUGGCUUCUCAGAAGUAUGGUGCAAGAGAUAGCCAUGUUUUGGGGGUUUAGAGGAGCUUGCAGGAUGAUAAAGGUGUUGUCCUUGGUUCAUUUUUUUCCUCUUGUUGCUGAGUAAUUCUGAAACUAAUCCAUUAUGAUAUCACAAAGAUCAAUUAUGAUGUCUUCUGACAACAAUAUGCCCUAAGUCCUCUUAUUUCCUUUCAGUAGGGGUGUUUUUUCAAGUCCUCCAUGUAUCUCCAUCUCAGUGGUUGAAGGGCUACCGUAGUAAACCAUACUUCAAAUAUUUACCUUAAUUCUCAGGAAAUAUCAGUGGAUUUGAGCAAAGAGACAUUGGGUUAAAGUUGACUCUACUGAUUUGUCAAGAAGUAGGACAACUUGCAAACCUAAUAUAUGGCUGGUAUAUAAUUUCAUUUAGUUUCUCAGCCAAGAACUAAAGACAACAACCAAUGUUUCUUGUAUGUAUACCAACUUAGCACCUUGAAGGUCUAAGAGCCUGCAGUAUAACCCCUCUGCCUUGAUAAUCCAAUAUUUAUCUGAUUAUUCAUAUCAGUUGUGACAAAGUAGUGCAAUUAUCGUGAUUUUUAUUUUUGUUAUUUUUUAUUAUCUGAACAUCUCAUAUUUCCGGAGUCGGUUGCAAUUUCUUAUGUUAUUCCAGCACGGACUGCAUUCACUGUUGUUUUCUUUCAUACUGGUUACACAACUUUCUGUGUAAACAGUGCAAAAAAAGUGCAAAAAUUAAGGGAUCCUUUGCCUUUUACAGGCAACAGUUUGAUAUCAGUAGCCCACGCAGCCUGAGUGUAUUUUAAUUGAUUUAGCCUCUGCACGCUAGAACGUCUGAAAUGCACAAUUCAUGUACUUUCAUUUUUAAUAUCAAUAAAAACCAUUUUAUCAAA